AGAGGAAGAAAAACCAAAGAAAAAUAUAGGAUAUUACAAAAAGAAUUGCAUUGAAGAAGAAAAAAACAUAAAAAUUUAAGUUAAAACUAAAUUUAAAUAAAGAAAAUUUAGCCAUAAGUUUAAUUAUAUAAAAUAACAAUAAAAUAAACUAUAAAAACAUUUGUUAUAACAAUAAAAACAUUGAAAUAACUUACAACUAAACUAGUAGAGAAAAAAGUAAAGAAAAAAUCCCAACUACUUGUGCGACAAACGUAAAAAAAUGGCCAAGAAAACGUAUGAUCUUCUGUUCAAACUGUUGCUAAUCGGCGAUUCAGGUGUUGGAAAAACAUGUAUACUUUUCCGUUUCUCGGACGAUGCCUUCACAUCCACCUUUAUAUCCACCAUUGGUAUCGAUUUCAAAAUCAAAACCGUUGAACUCAGGGGUAAAAAAAUCAAAUUACAAAUCUGGGAUACUGCAGGCCAGGAACGUUUUCAUACCAUAACAACAUCAUAUUAUCGCGGAGCGAUGGGGAUAAUGCUGGUAUAUGAUAUAACGAAUGAGAAAAGUUUUGAAAAUAUCGUUAAAUGGUUAAGGAAUAUAGAUGAGCAUGCAAAUGAGGAUGUGGAGAAAAUGAUAUUGGGCAAUAAAUGUGACAUGUCAGAUAAGCGUAUUGUCAGUAAAGAACGUGGUGAAGCGAUUGCUCGUGAGCACGGUAUACGUUUUAUGGAAACCUCAGCUAAAUCUAACAUAAACAUCGAACGUGCUUUCUGCGAACUUGCCGAGGCUAUAUUAGAUAAAACAGCUGGCCGAGAAUCUGCCGAAAAUCCCGAGCGUGUUGUUGUCGAUCGUCGAAAUAAUGAAAAACCUCCUGCCUACAAGAAUUGUUGUUCUUAAAACACCUAAACUAAUAAAACCAAUUUUUUAAAAACCAAACUGAAACGAUAAACCAACCAAUUACAACAAGAACAAUUUUAUACCACAAAUCUUACAAAAAAAGAAACGAUAUAUUUAAAUUUAAAUUUUGCUGAAUUCCAAUAAAACAAUUAAAAUACAUCAUCAUCAUUAAACAAACAGCAGCAGACCACAAAACAUUCUAAUCAAAAACAAGAAAUUAAUGUCAACCUAACAACAACACACAAAAACUUUAAAAAAACAAAUGAACCUUUAAAACUAAAAAAAAAAACAAAUUUUAAAUAAUAAUAUUAAUAAGUUCACUUUGCUAUAACCACACAUUAGCACAUUAAUAAAUAAAAAACAAAAUAAAUAAACAUACAUACAUACUAUAUACAUAAAUUACAUAUAUAAAUAA